CUUUUUUUUUAUUAUUCCCAUCAUUUUCCCCCAACAAAAAGCCUUUAUAAUCCUCAAAAACUAAUUUUUACCAUUAUUUUUCCACAAGCCAUGACAAACCCCUCCACAUUUCACAUCUCUUUUCUUUCCUUCCUAAUCUCAAACCUAAUCACAACACCAUCUCUUAUUUCCGCCGUCGACCCCUUAUUCGUCUCCUGCCACUCCGGCGAAAACUACAUCUCCGCUAGCCUCUAUGCCAAGAAACUCGAAUUCCUUGUAGCCCGCCUUAUCUCCACCACUCCGAAAACCGAAAACCUCUUCUUUGAAGACUACAUCGUCGGGACCGAGAACCAGACCAUCUACGGCCUCGCUCAAUGUCGCCCCGACAAGUCCGCUGCCAUCUGCACCAACUGCCUCAUGCGCGCUGCUGGCUUGGCCAUGAACAACAAUUGCCCCGGAAAAAAAUCUGCCUUCGUGCGCAACGAAUAUUGUGUUCUCCGCUACGACGACCAUUACUUCUCUUCUUCGCUGGGAAACCCGAAUUACGAAAACUUGCAUAAGGAAGAAAUCGCUGAGAAUGAGGUGCAUUACAGCCAGCAUGUGGUGGAUCUAUUGGAAGGGCUGUUGUUGGAGGCUAUGAAGAGUGUGGUGAGAAUCGCGGCGGGCGUGAGGACGAGCGAUAUGAAUGGGGAUAUUUACGGGAUGGCUUGGUGCACCAUGGAUCUGUCCUCCGAGGCUUGUCAGCGGUGUCUCAGCGUCGGGCUCAUAAGUUAUGAAAAGACCGGUUGGACUAAAAUGCUUGGGGGAGGAUCCGUGUCUACGAGCUGCAUCGUGACCUACGAUACAAUAGCCCUUUUCGAUUUGUCGUUGUUUCAGGCUCUGUCUUCUUCUUCUCCGGCGCUUAAUGGAACAGGUUCAAGCAGACGCAGCCAAAGAGAGAAAAUAAUUAUUGCAGUUUCAGUCAGUGCAUCCAUUUUAUCAGCAAUCAUUGUCAUUUGCAUUUUCCUCAUCUGCCGAAGGAAACUAAUAGUUCGUAAAUGCAACAAGCAUGCUGUGGAGGAGAAUAUAAGAACAAGUGAAUCUCAUCUGCUUCCUUUUGUAAGACUUAAAGCUGCAACAAACGGCUUCUCCGAUGAAAAUAAGCUUGGAGAAGGCAGAUUUGGCCCGGUUUAUAAGGGGGUGCUAUGGGAUGGACGACAAAUAGUAGUGAAAAGGCUGUCCAAAACCAAUGGUGAAGGCCUGGUAAAAUUAAGGAAUGAAGCAGCUUUGGUUGCUCAACUUCAGCACAAAAAUCUUGUAAAACUGUUGGGUUGUUGCUUGCAAGAGAAUGAGAAGCUACUCGUCUAUGAAUACCUCCCUAAUGCAAGCCUUGACAAGCACCUAUAUGACCCUGCCUGGCGAGCACAAUUAGACUGGAAAAGGAGGCAUAUAAUCAUUGAAGGAAUUGCUAGAGGCCUAGUAUAUUUGCACAAUCAUUCGCGUCUGCGAAUCAUUCAUCGAGAUCUAAAUGCAAAAAAUAUAUUGUUAGAUGGUGACAUGAACCCCAAGAUCUCGGACUUCAGCCUCGCAAAGCCUGUCGGCAUCAAUGAGAGUCAAUGGAACACAAAACAAAUUGCAGGAACAUUUGGAUACAUGGCUCCAGAAUAUGCGACGCGCGGCCUGUUCUCGACUAAAUCGGAUGUUUUCAGCUAUGGAAUGGUGGUGCUGGAAAUUAUAACUGGGAGGAGAAAUGCCAGUUUUAUAGAGGGGGGGAAUGCCUUGAACCUUCAGACAUACGUUUGGCAGCAAUGGAAUCAAGGAGAAUCAGAGAAAGUUAUUGAUCGAGAACUUGGCGGUUUGUAUCAACUGGAGGAUGUGUUAAGAUGCAUCAACAUUGGGCUGCUUUGCAUUCAGGCAGACCCAGCGGAGAGGCCAAGCAUGGCUUCUGUAGUGCUCAUGUUGAGCACUAACGCAGAAAUGCUUCCAGCCCCGACACUGCCGGGAUACUUUACAGGGGAAAUACCAACGAGCAUGUCGCCUGAAUCGUGUACUUCGGUGGGAACCAACUACGAUUUUCAUUCAACAGAUCGGUUUACUGCGAAUUCCGAAUUACCGGAUUCAAUGGAAGCGAGAUGAGUUGGACGCUGUAGAGAUUUUUAGAUUAGUCAAUUCUUUUCUAAUUUUGCAAAUUUUACUUCAAUGAAGAAUACAUAGGGCCGCUGAGCCUGUGAUUAUACUUUACACGUCACCUAGUAAAAAAAUUGUAUUUAGGAUUCCUAUCAUUGUAUAAUUUCUAUAAUAAAGUUCUAAACCAUGGGUACAUAGAUUUUGACAAAUUUAUAAUGAAUUGAAUGUUUCGACA